UAGUACAAAUCUUUGACAUAAGCGACUUCGACUGGCACUUUGAAAAAUGGUAGACGAGAAACCCGGGACGCUGCAGAGAUGGAGUUUCCGUUUGUGGAUAAUUCAAAUAUCGAUGCACGCACACGCAAGCAGAUCCGCAGCCAGGUGAUGAGAGGGAAAAACGUUGGGAAGAAAAAACAACGAGUCCAGCAUGGCCGCGGAAAAUUGGCCAUUCUGACAGCUAAAAGCUUGGAACCCAGCGAGAAGAAGCCACUAUCGUCGGGGCCUGACUGCAGCUCUUUGGGGCAGAUGGUAGCGUUACCAUCAAAGCAUUGGAGUGACUUCGACAGCUUCAGCUACCCACGCGAGUUGAAGCCGUAUAUGCGAGCGAUUCUGAACUCUUUUCUUUCCACCGCUGGUGAUGGUCUUUAUCCAAGGGUAUUUUGCAGAGAAGCAGCCCGCGCCCAUCACGUAUUCUUCGAACUCUUCGUAUCAGAUGAGACUUUUUUCCACUGCCUACUCGCAAUCGCCGAGGGCCACCAUCACAUGCUAGUUGGGGAUUUCAACGUAUCAUUCUUUACCUUGAAAUGCCUCUCAAAUACAUAUCGGGGAAUCUCCAACGACCUCGCAAAGAACAGUGUUCCGACGUAUGGCACCAUCGCAUCGGUGAUGUCCCUUGUAAUGCAUGAGAGCUUAUUUGGGGUGGUAAAAAUUUCAAAGUUGCACCUUGAAGCUCUCGAAAAAAUGAUAAACCUCAAGGGAGGACUACAUAUUUUUGAACGUUAUCCUGCUCUGUUGCAUAAGAUUUGCCGAAGCGACUUGAAUUUUGCACUACGUACAGGCGCUCAACCACGUCUGUAUCGAGAUUCUUUCCCUCGUGACGAGGUAAAACACAUCAUGACUAACAUAGACGCGAAUCGUGCUGAAAGCUUCUUGGAAAUUCGAGAUGAGACCACUCGAGGAGUUUUCAAUGAUUGCAUGAACAUCUCAUAUAUUUUGAACAUUCACUAUACAAAAUCCAUGCGACCAAUCACGGCGAGUAGCAACGGACAUGAAAAUGAGAUGUACAAGAUGCACUCAUUCUCCUUUCAAGAGUUCUUGAUAUCGGUUGGCUAUCGUCUACUCCGCGCGCAUCCACUCGAAACGCCGAAUACUAUGAACGUCUUCGACAAAGCUUGUUACCUCGCAUUGCUCGCCUUCAUCGUUUCAAUAUUGAUCUACCCUGGCCCAAAACCCGAAAAUCUAUAUCAACUUCUUUCUGACAAGCUCCGACAUAUCAUUACGCAGCUGGACUCAAAAAAUGAUCCAUUUAAGUUGUGGGUCUGCUGCAUAGCAAGAAUUUCCGUCAUUCACAGCGGAAAAGACGGUAUUAUCGUGGAUUCGAUACUCGCGUCUUUACUUCAAAAGCUAAACAUUGGGACAAGUGCUAAAGCAAGUGAGAUACUUAUGCAAUUUCCAUGGAUACAUUACUUCCAUAACGAACCAAGCAUUCAGGUCUUACAUGGCAUAUGUAUUCACUAAACAGAGCUUUAUACUGAUAACAAAUCUAAAAGUAGCUAUGGCGUCGCCAAUCGCUUCACCCUAGUCUAACUUUUUUUGAGAGCCUUUUUUUGACUAGUUGUACGAAACUCAUACUCCAAUACCCCUCAACAUCACAAAGAGGAAGUUUUUAUGCGAUAUUGAAGACAUCCUUUCCCUCUCCCUCUCAAAUAUAUCAAUCAAAGAAUAUUGGCAGUGGGUCUAGUUGGCCUUGGGAACUCUGGUUUUCUGCGCGAAGCAUCAAUUUUUCGAUUUAUGUUCUACUACAUCAUGAAGGAUAAGCGAAGAUGUGA